AUGACGACAUCAGAAAGACGACUCGUCGGCUUCUCCGAAGCAAUGGAUUGGCGUUUCAUGAACUUAGUCGAUCUCAGCCCUUUGAUGGUGUGCUCUUUGUGCCACGUUGUUCCGGAAGUGACGUAUGUUCUAGAAUGUUCUCACGUGCUCUGUGAACUGUGCUACCAGAAUGUUCUUCAGGCUAAACAACAAUGCCCUUUAGACGGCGAAGACUUCCGAGAAAGUGGUACAGGCAAGUUAAUGCUGACACCGGUGCAAAUAGGGAAACAAAAGGCGCAGUGUUGCAACUUCAAAGACGGAUGUGAUUUCGUUGGAACUAUCGAACAAGUGAAGCAGCACUUUUUCAAGGAGUGUGCAUUUCAUGCGGUCACCUGCACUCGAUGCCAAGUGAAGGUGCUCAGAAACGAGAUCGUUGAUCACUACAUCCAGCAAUGCAGGUCACGCCAACCUCCAAUUGUGUGCUCAGCGGCAGAUGUCAUGGACGCUGCAUUGGAGAUGGGAAAGAAGAUCGACGUUUCACUGGGGGCCAUGACGCUCCGACUGUCUGCAAUUGAGGAACAACUCCAGAGUCACGCCGAAGGAAGAAGGAAAGCCUUGGACAGUGAAGUAUCAAACGUUGACAGAACGAGGUCGACCGUGGAAAAACAAGAAUGUCUAACAAAUCACGACAGCUUCGAAACUGUAAACGAGAGGAUGCGUGUCAUGAUGGAGCAAAUCGAAGAACUGACGAACUGGGUACAUGUCAUGAACAAUGAGUUGUCAGAUGACACUUCAGAACAUGCAGAAGCAGCAGUGAAACAGCCCAUAGAAGAAAGUAACAAUGAGGCCGACAACGCCGAAGAAGGUGAAGGUUGUGCUAGGGAUCCGCAAGAUUCACAUGGCCAAGGUGCUUCUGUAGGUAGAAACGGUAUGAAUAACGUGACGAGAACCUUAAAAGCUGUGCUUGAAGCAUGCAAGCAACUUCAUUCGGUUGAAAAGAUUUUGAGUGAGCUGAAGUCAGCUAACCCCUCCAGGACGAACGUUGCCUAUUUUCACAUCCAGGGCUUUGCUGAUAUUGAGAAAGAAUCGUUGACUGGAAAGAGAGUUGCUCGAAAGUCUGAUAUUUUUCACUUGUUUGGCUACUCUGCUAAAUUGGAAGUCGUAAUUGGGUCAUGUCAUGACCCAGCGUACUUGGGUAUUUUCUUCAGCAUUUGUGCGAGCUCAGGCGACACGCGUUUGAAAUGGCCAUUUACCCUGCCUUAUACUCUAAUGUUGAUGCACCCAACUGAUGACAAAAAGGAUAUUGAGUGUGACAUUGACGUCUCGAAAUAUAUAGAUGAGUACAGCGACUCUUUCAUUAAGCCAGUUUGUAGCGAAAGUAGCAGUUUAUCUGAGCAGUCACCGCUUAGGGGUGGGCGCCUGUAA